AUGCAGACGGAAAGACUCCUCCCGGAGGCCUUCCGGCAUCUGGCCGCGGGGCGCGAGCCGCACGCGAGCGCCGCGGAGCGGCUCCUCGCGGCCGCGUCGGAGCGCUUCGGGCCGCCGCUGGUCGUCCCGGCCACCGCGCGGUCGCUCUCGGCGAUCAAGCAGAGCCGCGGGCGCGUGGCGGUGCUGACGUGGUCGGCGCGGUACCUCUCCGGCGACGCCCCGACCGACGCGCGGCUCACGCCGAGCAUGGUGCGCUCGUGGAUCGCCGCGGCCACGCCCAUGCUCGGCGACAAGGACCGCGCGCUGCGCAACGCGGCGGUGGACGCGUUUGUGGCGCUCGACGCCGCCGACCCGGAGGCGAUUCCGGCCUUCAUCGAGAUGUACGCGGCGCCGCGGGAGCGCGCUGCGCUGCUUUCGCACCUCCUUCCGGCGUGCCCGACGAUCGAGACGAACCUCCGGGUGUUCCAGAGCCGGCAGGGGAUGCCCGCACACCUGUGGCCGGCGCAGGGCGGCGGCGCGGGCGUGGGGCCGAGCAGCGCGACCGCGCAGCUGGACCGCGUGCUGAGCGGCUCGGUCGGGUCCGCGGAGACGAGUCCGACGCAGCACGGCUGGACGCCGGGGCUCACGGAGAGCAACUCGGACACGGUCAGGGGGGGGUCUCCGGCGGCGUCGCCGGCGCUGCGGGCGCCGCGCGCGGCCGCGGAGGCGGAGCGCGCGCACGAGGAGCGCGUGGCGGGCGGGUCGCAGUACGCGCAGAACAACAGCGCCCCCCACGGCGCCGGGGGGGGGUAUUCCCCCAUCAGUUACACUCCGGUCAGGGAGGCGGACAUCCAGGACGAGGGCGUGGCGGAGGGGCACUUCCAGAAGGCGAUCGCGGUGCUGGCGAGCCCCGCGCGGCCGCAGGGGCUCCCGCUGCUGCACCAGCUGCUGUUCCUGGCAGAGCUAGCCAAGAUGGCCCCGUCCAAGCUCUGGCAGAGGUACCUCCCGCAAGUCUUCUCCCUCCUGCGCCCGCUCCUCUCCGCGCCGCACCCCGCCGACGUCCGCGAGCACGCCGCCGUCGCCCUCCGCGACGUCGCCGUCUGGCAGCCCCGCGCCGCCGCGCCCCUCCUCGGCACCCUGCUCCCCGACCUGCUCUCCGCUGCCGCCGCCGAGCCUGCCGCGGCCGGGGAGGUCGCCGGGCUCGCGGACGAGGCGCUCGAGGCCGUGUGCGGCAAGCAGGACCCCGGCGCGUGCAUGGCGGUCGUCCUGCGGUGCCUGCCGCCUCAGGGGGGGAGUCCCGCGGCGGAGUUCCCGUCGGCGGUCCUGAAGGCGGGCGUGCGGUGUAUCGGGCGGCUGUCGAAGCGGCUGCACCCGGAGCAGCUGCUGGAGUUCGCCCGGCAGGGCAUGAUGCCGCUGACGGUCGCGGCGUCGAGUCCGAGCGCGGACCUGCGGAAGGCGGCUGUGUUUGCCAUGGUGGACAUGUGGGUGACUGCGGGCGACGUGCUGGGGCCGCUGCUGGCGUCGCACCUGACGGACUCGCAGCUGAAGCUCGUGACGAUCUACGUGAACAAGGCGCGCGAGCGGCAGCGCGUGCAGCAGCAGGCGUGA